AUGGCGAUAGCAGGGCCACACGAGAUACCCAUUACCAUGAAGUUUGCAGUCUUAGUUAUGGCCGCACUCCUAGGAGUUACAGAUGCCACAGGAAUUUCUAACAGAGAUCUUAAGGUCCUUCAAGCUCGUGCGAAGAGCGGAAAGAUCAACAAGCAAACCUUGAUGCGCGGUGCCACACCAUAUAGUGCCGCCGCCAAGCGUAAGCUUGACCAAGAAGAAGAGUGGGAAAUCAACGGAUAUUACAGUGUUGAAUUCGAUACCUGUAUUUCUUUGGAAACUGGUAACGAUAAUUUGUUCGAUGAUGAGAUCAUCGCCUACGCUGCCAACGGUCAAGUCAAGUCCGAAAGAUCAUACAUUACCUUUACUGUCUGCGAAAGCAGCAAUUGCUACUACCUAUCUGACGAUGAGAAGCUUACCUUCAUCACAGAUGUUGGCACCUACUUCACUGCUCUUGCCGAAUAUCUCCCCAACCAAGUCAAGAACUACUGUGAGGGAUGUGAGGAAAACUACGACUACUGCUCUGGAAACCUUCAAGCUGAGGCCGAUGAAGAAGACGCAGCCGAAAAUGAAGGUGAAGAAGAGGGGGACGAAGGUGAAGAAGAAGGAGAGGAGGGCGAAGGAGAAGAGGGUGAAGGAGAGGAGGGCGAAGGUGGCGAGCGCAAGCUCAAGCGAAACCGCCGAAAGUUGGCAAACAACCGCUAUGUUGAAUACAUCAACUGCGACCAAUGCGAUGCCUACGAAUGCUUCGCUGACAUGGAUAACAACGGUGAACGUAAACUUGAUCAAGAACAAGACGAAUAUGACAUUGAUAAUGCCAUUGAAUGGCUUAACGGACUUGCCGAAUGUCAAGAACUUGAAAAUGUUGUCUACGAGAACACUGCCUUGUACGCUGGUCUCAUCUGUAACAGCAAGGGUGACGGUGUUGAGAUUGGUGUGUUCAUGGAUGAUGAAUGUUCGCUUUACACCACACUCAAAUCUUUUUCUGAUGUCAUGACCUACUCUGACAAGCAAUACUACUCCAUGUCCCAAGAAAUUGUUCAAUACACUUUUACCAACCAAUUCGACUGCCAGAACAUCGAAAUCGAAUACACCAACCCAUACGAGGAGAACCAAGACGAGGACGAAGAAGAAGAAGAGGAUAAUGGUGAAGCUCCUGAAGCCGCCGAAUAUUGUACCGAUUUGUUCGAUAACACCGUCAACAUGGCUGACUGUGACAUUGACCAAAAUGAGGAACAACAAGAGGAUGAGGACCAAGACGGAGAUGACAACAUGGCCAACUACGAAUGGUAUAGCUACGAAAUUUCCAACGAAGAUGCUGAAGACGCCCAAGCUGUCUGCAAGGUUCUCAAUGGAUUCGACGCUGAUUCAGGAAAGAGCAAGUCGUGGAAGGGAAAGACUGUUUAUGACUCUGGAAACUCCGGAUCUUUGUACACCUACAAGAAGAGCAAGUCCUCAAGAAAUGGAGGCGGUGGCGGUACUUUCGCGUUCAUCUUGGUUGCUCUUCUCGCUGUUGGUGGCGUUGCUUUCUUCAUGGUCAACAAGAAGAAGAGCGACAGCAAACGAGCACCACUCAUCAAUGCUUCCAACGGCCAAAUGGCAUAA